GAUAUCCUGCCCCGCCUCCGUCCACGUCCUUCACUUCCGGACGUCAAUUGGGGCCAAACAUCCGGGUUUCUCCCUUUUGCAUUCCGGCUGAUACUACCUCGCCCUCUCUCUUCUCUGGACGUCUUUCUUCUUCACUCAGGCUCAGAUCUCACACUAUUCCCACGCGCGCGAGUUUCAGCGACGGAAAGCCUCGAGGGACAUGGCGGCUACGGCGGCGCCGGCCAGCGGCGUCCGAAAUGGAGCUGGCCCGGAGUGGGGAGGCUUCGAAGAAAACAUCCAGGGCGGGGGCUCGGCUGUGAUUGAUAUGGAGAACAUGGAUGAUACCUCAGGCUCCAGCUUCGAGGAUAUGGGUGAGCUGCAUCAGCGCCUGCGUGAGGAAGAAGUAGAUGCUGAUGCAGCUGCAGCAGAGGACGAGGAUGGGGAGUUUCUUGGCAUGAAAGGCUUUAAGGGACAACUGAGCCGGCAGGUGGCUGAUCAGAUGUGGCAGGCAGGGAAGAGACAAGCCUCCAGGGCCUUCAGCUUGUAUGCCAACAUCGACAUCCUGAGACCCUACUUUGAUGUGGAGCCUGCCCAGGUCCGAAGCAGGCUCCUGGAGUCCAUGAUCCCUGUCAAGAUGGUCAACUUCCCCCAGAAAGUCGCAGGUGAGCUCUAUGGACCUCUCAUGCUGGUCUUCACACUGGUGGCCAUCCUCCUCCAUGGGAUGAAGACAUCUGAUACCAUUAUCCGUGAGGGCACCCUGAUGGGCACAGCCAUUGGCACCUGCUUCGGAUACUGGCUGGGUGUUUCAUCGUUCAUUUAUUUCCUUGCCUACCUGUGCAAUGCCCAAAUCACCAUGCUCCAGAUGCUGGCGCUGCUGGGCUAUGGCCUCUUUGGGCACUGUAUCGUCCUGUUCAUCACCUACAACAUUCACCUUCAUUCCCUCUUCUACCUCUUCUGGCUGCUGGUGGGUGGGCUCUCCACCCUGCGCAUGGUGGCAGUGUUGGUGUCGAGGACUGUCGGCCCCACCCAGCGGCUGCUCCUCUGUGGCACACUGGCUGCUCUACACAUGCUCUUCCUGCUCUAUCUGCAUUUUGCCUACCACAAGGUGGUGGAGGGGAUCCUGGACACUCUGGAGGGCCCCAAUGUCCCACCCAUGCAGAGGGUCCCUAGAGACAUCCCUGCUGUGCUCCCUGCUGCCAGGCUUCCUGUCACUGUGGUCAAUGCCACUGCCAAGGCAAUAGCAGUGACCCUACAGUCACACUGACCCUGCCUGAGACCCUUGGCCAGCCCUGACCCCCGCUCUGGGGCAGAGGGAGAUCAAAGGACGGUACUGAGGACGUGUGUCUCUCUGAUGAGGUCUGCGGCAACCACUGAGCUCUUGCUGCCUAAACACCUCCUGGGCACAGGUCUUGGCUUCUGAAAGGCACAAAGCCAAGAAACUCCUGGCCAGGACUGCAAGCCUUUGCAGCCAGGUGCAGAAUAUGGGUCAGCUCUUCUGAGGCCCUCACCAUCCACCCCUUUUUUCUCUCCCUCCCCCUCUUGUCUUGCUAAAUAUAGACUUGGUAAUUAAACUAUUGAUUGGAGUCUAGAACUCCAGCUCCUGUUCAGGCUUUC